AUGGCCAACGUGGUGCCUGUCUGCCUGCUCUUGGCCCUGAUGCUCCUGGCCCCAGCCCUGUCAGCACAGCAGGAACGAGGGCUCAUCUUCAACUUGGAGAUUGGGGAGCUGUGCCUGCAGAGUGCCCAGUGCAAGAGCGGCUGCUGCCACCGGGACAGUGGCCUCAGCAUGGCUCGAUGUGCACCGAAGGCAGCCGAGUUCCAUGAAUGCACCCCAAAGACCAUCUAUGGGGUCUAUUACAAGUGUCCCUGCGAGAGUGGCUUGACCUGUGAUGCUGAUAAGACCAUCGUGGGCUCCAUUACCAACACCAACUUCGGCGUCUGCAAGGACCCCCGGGGCUUCUACAGGUGGUGAAGAAAGAGACC